ACCUCCCUUUAAUAAUCUCGUUGAGCAGCGUCGCUGUCUUUUCAGCACCACUCACUGACAAUCCAACCGACCGGAGAGGCAACACAGGCGAAACUGAUUUCCCUGCAACCCUCUGUGGAUUUUUUUUAAAUCAAGAUUACAAAUCAGUACAACUUUUUUUCUCUGUAAAAGGAGCUACCAAAUCCUGGUUCCGAGUUUCCAUCUGCUGAAAGUAAGAAUUGAGAUUUGGUUUUUUUUUUCAGGAGCGACCAUGUGGUUUGUGGAUGUAUGAUUUUAUGAUUUUUCACUGCGGAUUUUGAUUUGUUUGUUUCCAUGGUUUCACUAUAAACUAAGUUCGGUCAUUUUUUUAUCACUCUUUGGAAGUCUAGAAAAAUGCCCGCAACCACUUGAAUUAACGUGUUGUAGUUGUAAUGAGUUUAUUAUUUUACGGGAGACUUCAAACCCUCAGUCAGUAAUUACGGAGCCCUUGUUUUCCUUUAAUAAGUGGAAUUUGCGUAUCCAGUCGGGAUGCUGGUUCUAGUAGUUGGACUUUUGUACCUGGUCAGUGGAGGCACGGUGCGAAGCCAGGAUGCUACAGGUAGCCGCUUCGUUUGUAACGCCAUUCCCCCGGGCGCAGAGCCGGGCUGCGGGUACGAUCCCACGGGGAACCGUGUCCAGAGCAGCAGCCCCGUGGAGGACGAGCUGCGGAACACGAUCAUCCAGCUCCGGGAGACCAUCCUGCAGCAGAAGGAGACCAUCGUGAGCCAGCAGGGGACCAUCAAGGAGCUCAACUCCAAGCUGGUGCGCUGCGAGGCGGCAGCCGACGAGUCGCCGCAGGGCAGGUCCCGAGGUCAGGGCUCCAGACGGAAGGAAUACGGCAAGAACACCAUGGGGGACCUGCCCCGGGACCCCGGCGAUACCAUAGACCAGCUGGGCAAGACCAUGCAGAGUCUCAAGGGUCGGCUGGAGAACUUGGAGCAGCAGAGUUUGCGUCUCCCCAGCACAAACGUGUCAGCUGGAGGGGUCUCGGCUCUGACUCCUCUGCCACUAGAGCUGCGAGAGCUGCUGCGGCAGCGUCUUGGGGCGCUGGAGAGCCAGCUCCUCCGGAAGGUGGCCGAUCUGGAGGAGGAGAAGAGCCAGCUCUACAACGAAACAGCGGCCCACCGCCAACGCACCGAGAGCGCCCUCAAUUCCCUCCUGGAGAGGAUCACGGAGCUAGAGAAAAGUAAUAAUGCCUUCAAAUCGCCCGAGGACUUCAAGGUGUCCCUCUCGCUUCGCACUAACUACUUGUAUGGACGCAUCAAGAAGAGCCUCCCAGAGAUGUACGCCUUCACCGUGUGUAUGUGGCUCAAGUCCAGCGCCAGUCCCGGCAUAGGAACCCCGUUCUCUUAUGGCGUGCCAGGCCAGGCCAACGAGAUAGUCCUCAUCGAAUGGGGGAACAACCCCAUUGAGCUACUGGUGAAUGAUAAGGUGGCCCAGCUCCCUCUGUCAGUCAGUGACGGACGCUGGCACCACAUAUGCAUUACCUGGACGACCAGAGACGGUUUUUGGGAGGCUUACCAGGAUGGCGAGCGUCUGGGCACCGGGGACAACCUGGCCCCCUGGCACCCAAUUAAACCUGGAGGGGUGAUCAUCCUGGGCCAGGAGCAGGACAUAGUCGGAGGCCGUUUUGACGCCACGCAGGCCUUCGUGGGCGAGCUGAGCCAGUUCAACAUGUGGGACCGAGUGCUGCGGCCCGUGGACAUCGUGGGUCUGGCCAACUGCUCAGCCUACAUGCCGGGCAACGUGGUUCCUUGGAUUGACGCUAAUGUGGAAGUGUUUGGUGGUGCGAGUAAAGCUGCUCUGGAGAUCUGUGAAGAUCGUGCUUUUGAUUCCUAAAGGAUCUGAUGUAAGGACAUUGAGCAUCGUCGCGGGGAUCGAGAGGCCAAGUAAUCUGACUGUUUGUUGUGUCAGUCAAAUCCCAAAGAAAAGGGUACCAGUGCAACACUUUUACAUAUUUAUAUGACUGUAUCUGUUGAUGUGUCCAUUGAAUUUGAGCCCUGAAGACAUUGCAGGAGACAAAUUAGUGUGCUCAUCAGAAGAAGAUAUGCUGUUGCAUCAGUCUACUGUAAUGAUAUGACUGUCAUUCUGCGCUUUCUCUCCAGUAGAUCAGCUUUCAUUUGACUCCUCUUUGAAAACAGCUCUUUUUUGGUUGCAUUCCUUAUAUUGACAAUGCUGCAUUGUAUUCGUAGUGAAUGUGAGCUCCAACAGGCUUUGAUGUGCUGUGGAACGGUAUUCCUCAGUUACAUUGUAGAUGACUACAUGCUGCGAGCUGUGAGCUUACUGCCUGUUUGAAGAGAAACCAGAAAGCAAGGGAAAUAAGGUGGACGCUCAUGAGUUCAAGGUGGACAAGAACAACCUUUUGCUGUUGAUUACUUUUGAAAAAUUACAAACUGUCUAAAUAGUAUGCAUGAGCCCAAGCAGUGAAUGGACGUCAGUUCAGAAGUGACAGUGCAUGCUUUCUGUCAAUAUACAGUGUGUGUUGAGCGUCCAAAACAAGCCAAUGCAGCGUGCUGACAGCAUUACGUAAGUGUGUGUGCGUGUGUGUGUGUGUGUGUGUGUGUGUGUGUGUGUGUGUAUGUUCAUGGGCGUAUGGCUUGUCUUGCGUGUAAAAAAGACCAGAGAUUAUGAGGGAGGGAGGACAUUUUCAUUCUUGUAAAUCUAUGCUUAAUACCUCUCUGCCCCUUGAGCAGCUGCCAUAUCCCAAACAGCUUUAUGGAUGGGCUGGCUCUGCUCAGGUCAAUAGCGAUGUCGGACGGCUGCCCAGGACCGGCGUAUCGACAGAGUCGUGGAGCCCUGCCGAGUGCCCAGUGAGGGCAGGGACUGGGCUUGACCCUCAAGGACAAUCCUUAAUUCCUCAUCUGGGUGGUAAUUUUGUUCAUGAAUGAGUAUGGUGGGGAGCAGUGCGGAGCUAAGUGCACCAUAAAGAUAGACAGAUCAAAUCUAGAGAUGCAGAUGUCAAACGAGAGCACCGCUCUUAAUCGGCUCUCGCUGAACAAGAACACUAAUUUUGUUCCAUGGAUAUUUACGGAUAGAUUUAUUUAUUUUUUAAAAUAAUGUAGGAAAUCAAAUGGAUUUUGGCGCAGCUUAGUGAAUAAAACUGAUGCUUUUUGCAGCUUGUUUUUUUGUUCAUCCUUAAUGUUGUGGUGGACAUUCGUUUCAAUGCUGUUCGUCAGUAAAAUAGUAACAAGCCUGGAGCUGGAGGACACAAUGUAAAAGAGGCAACAAAGGCAUAAACAUCGCUAUCACUGCCAGAGUUUCUUUUUUUCUUCCUUGUGGAAUUUCUUCACUGAGUAGACACACAAGCCAUUAAACAGCUUCUAUCCACCGCAGGAAAAAAAUGCAGUUUGAUGUAAAGUAAAAAAACAAUAUGAGGGAGUCAGUUACUGGACAGCACAGAAUGUUGUAAAAGGGAGGGUGCACUUGUUGGAUAUGUCACCAACACAAUGUGAUUGUUACUUUUUUGAGUGUCUUUGUUAACAAUAUUUCAAUGUAAAGUCAAGAGACGGCUAUCAAGUAGAAAGUGUAUUUUCUCGCUUUUUCUGCUCAUGAUUUUUGUCCAUUAGCAGCACAAUAUGUUAGAAAAAGUACCAAAAAAAUGCAGCAGUACUUAUAGAAAUGCUUUGUUUAUAUAUGGUGAAUGGCCUUUUUGUAAAAAACCAUAUGUGCUUUCACUUGUUCAAACUUUCUGUUUCAGCUUUUAAAGCUCAGUAGCAGCUCAGCAGAGGGACAUGAGAAAAAGACAAAUGUCUUUGCUAUAUCAUUGGUUUAAAGUCAGCUUCAUGUGCAGUAUCCAUUCAGGUUUUGCACCUUUCUGACAUCUGAUUGAAUGUCCUUUUGCACCCGAUAAAAGACUGAACAAAUUCCAGGCGUGACAAUUAAAGUAGCGACUGAAAAACGCGACAGAAUAGCUGACGAGCUGUCUGAACAGUUUGCUUAAAAAGUAUCAUUGCACUGCAUUAGUGAUGAGGUCAGAGUUGAAUGUAACCUUGCCACGGUCAUGCAGGAUUUGUGAUUUAUGUUUCUUAAUAAGGAAACCUUUUAACAAAAGUCCCCAUUUUUUACAUUUCUGGUCGCACAGACAUGUGGGUGUUUGUCUGGUUGGUAUAGCCAUAUAAUUUGUAUGACCAGCCAUAAUAAACAUGCAAGGAUACGUCCUCUCAUCUGGGCAAUGUCAUGUUGUCAGCAGUGGACAAAUCCUCUGGACUGGCAGACGGCCAGGUGGAAAUUAAGUAAUCUGCCCAUGUGGAUUAUGGGCGCUUCUACAAUGUAGGACACUGUGAGCCUUCUUCAUUCUCCUCAACGCUUUCUGUUGAUGCUGCUGCCAGUGUGUUGGUGGUUACGCACCAGGGGGGCCUGUUUUUUUUUUAACAACAAUCUGAGGCCUCCAAUAGACAACCAGAAUUGUGAAAUAUGUGUGUUGUUGUUGUUUCUUUUGGCAUAUUCUGUACUCCUAAUUUUCAUCGCAUUGCUGCUGUAACAUUCACUGCACAUCAUGAUGCUCUCUUAAGCACAAAUGAAUUAUUAAAGAAAACAUAUCAACUUGUGUUGAAAUGAA